GCACGAGAGGUAUUAGGAUACAAAGCCAAUUGAAGAAGUGAAACUACAUUCUCAGCGCUUCAACUCUCACUUGGACGGCUUCCACAAACGUUUCUGUCUGAAAGGACAAUGCCGUUUACAAGAAAUCACUGUCCAUGGAACAGCAGCUCCGAGGCAAACUACUUACUUUAGAAAAGCUACCCAGACCAGGACAGUCAUCCAUCAACAGCACCAUGCAGUCAGUCACACUGGUCAUCCUUGCAUGCAUCCUCGUUGCUCAUGUUGAAGGUAAAGGAAGUAACGUCAUGAAAUGCUUCUGCCAGGAUAAAGGAGUUGACCGCGUGAACCGCAAGCUCGUGGGGAAGCUGGAGGUCCACGCGCCCAGCAGCUACUGUCCUCAGCUGGAAAUUAUAAUCUUCUUUAAUAAAGGAGGGAAAGUCUGCCUGAAUCCGGAGUCUCAGAUGGCCAAGAACUUAGUGCAGAAAGCCAGCAGGAACAGGAGUGUAAUUUAUGUGAGCUGGACCUGAGGAGGAGAAACUGAAGAUGUUGUUUGUGGUUCACAAAACAUACUGUGGUUGUAUCACUGAGUAAAACAUGUAAAUAUGUGCAGUUUAGUGUAGUUAACGAUUCCACUUUGUAAAUACUGUGUACGUUGAGCUUUUCUAUGAAACCAUUUAUUUCUAUGAACAGAUUUAGUUUUACAUUUUGUGGAAUUUUGAGAAACCACAAGUAUGUCUCUUAAGGAAAUAAUUAAUAAUUAAAUUAAGGUAUGGUAAAAAAAUUGAAGUUGUUUGAACUCGCAGUGCCUUGAAUGUGACACAAGCUUAAGUUAAGAGACCAGCCCACAUCUUCAUGCCCUCAGUUAGGCUCUGUAACAUGAGACACCAGGACUGUCUCAGUAGGAACAUGGGAGAUACAGUCAAUCUGGGCUGAAUUACAUCUUUCAUUAUUAAGAUAUUUCUUCUACACAGCAUGGUUUGACUUCCUCAGAGAGGAAAUGGUUCUAGUGAGUCCCUGUCAUGUCCACAGGGGGCAGUAUCGGAUCAUAAGACAGGGUUUUAUUACCAACAGUGUUGCGUCUUUAUCAUUAGUUUUUAGAAAGAAACAACCUUUCUGUAUCAGAGAGACCUGGUUGGGGCCCAAUGAACAAUACCUUUUAUUAUCAUAUUGUUAAUCUUUUCCAUUCAGAGGUGUGUGGCUCUGUAGCUGUCAUCAGUCCUGAGCUGCUGGGAAGCUGGGUCUGUAGGGGCUAUGAGAGUAAUACCACUACCUGACGCUAGGGGCGCUGUGAUAUAAAGAAAACUUCUCAGCUGCUCAACGUGGCCUAAAAUGCUGAAAUGUAAAACCACAACCAUCAUUUUUCUUCCUGUGUAACAAAAUCUUGUGAGGAGUUCAGGGUUUAUGAACCCAGUGUCCAAGCUGCAGUCCUGUCCGUGGACAAUGCUUUGGGUCUGUUACUGCUUUUUACUCAAUAAAUGAAACAUUACCACUGAAACGGUACAGUAGCCAGGUCCACUUAAAGAUGACAUAGUGAGAGAUGAGAUGUUAAAUCUUGGAAAUGUAAAUACAAAUGUUUAAUACAGUGCUAAAUGUCAUAAAACUACAAAAUAUUGGCAAGGCGUAUGGCAGGAGGGUCCAAACUGUAUGAAGAUGAGCUGUUAUCAAGUGAUUACAGUUAAGAGGUGCCAUGAUGUUACUGUACAAUGAUAAUGGAAACACUUAAUAGGAAACAAUAAUACUGUCAGUUAAGAAUCAAGUACAUGUAUAAAAUUGGGAAUUUCAAAUCAUUAACAUACCAUGGUGCAAUCAUGUCACAGCUAGUUACAAAGUGCUGAACACUCAACACAAUUUAACUUUGACCUCUCACAUGUACACACGUGUGAUCCUGUCAUAAAGACACAUGGAGGACCUAGACAGGGUAAAACAUGGCUGAAAAUGACAGAUCACAACUACACUUCCACAACUAGCAGGCAGUCACUAAUAACUCCAGAGACAGUUUGCACCAAGUGAACCAUCCUAAAGGCUGAGCACAAGACGAGCACCAUCUUGGAACGCCGUCUCCAACCAAUCAUAGAGCAGACAUUUUAUAACACCGAUUCUGCUCUGUGGGUUUGUGGGAGAGGAGCAUGAGACGAUCAACAACACUAAUGCACAGUUCCUGCGUGCUAGCUACAGGCCCGGCUCUGCCGCUAGCUACAGGUCCGGCUCUGAAGCUAGCUCCAGGCCCGGCUCUGCCGCUAGCUACAGGUCCGGCUCUGCCGCUAGCUACAGGUCCGGCUCUGCCGCUAGCUACAGGCCCGGUUCUGCAGGCCUUUGUGAUGCCAGGUUUGAGACAUGAA